AUGAACAACAGCGCAAGUGCGGCUUUCAAACUGCAAAAUCAGGUGGAAAAUCAAGGAUUGAGACAGAUGAUCAAGGUUCUUCCCAUCGCCAUAGCAAUAAUUGUUACAAACGGACUAGUGUUUUUCUUGUUUUAUAAACGAAAGAGCCUGCGCAUCAAGUCUAAUUACCUUCUGCUUGGCCUAGCGGUCUGCGACUUUCUGACAGGCGCAGUAAAUAUUCCAUACUUCAUUAUUUCCUUUUUCAGUGUGGUACCUUCUCGGAUGUUUGAUCAGUUUGCCUUUUGGUUCUACGCUCUUCACACUCUUACGGCUGUUUCGGCAGCUUAUCACAUUCUUGUCAUAACUGCAGAAAAGUUUCUGGCAAUUGCUCAGCCACUGAGACAUCAUAUAGUCACCAAAAAGGCAGUGUUCAAAGUAUUAGCGGGAAUUUGGUUCACAUCAGCUUUUAUCGCUAUAAUACCGCUCUCUUGGCGGAAUGCCAAAUCAAAAAGCCUUGCUCUUAUCAUUCAUUCUUCCUUUUGCCUCGCUCUCGUAUUCUUGGUCCCGUAUGUAUUUAUGGUGUACGCGUACACGGUGAUGUUCAAAGUCGUCAGCGGUAGAAAGAGGCCAUCACAACAUGGUCACAAACAGCGACUACAAAAGAAAAACAAAACCGACCGAAAGUGUAUCUUUGUAUUUGCUUUGAUGGCGGCGAUAUAUCUGUGCUGUUGGCUGCCGUAUUUCACUCUCAUGUUAAUUAUUAACAUCAAGAUUUAUACCAAGUCCAACGAUUUCGUAGCUAUAGAGAAAGCUACGAAUGCUUUCGCAGUUAUUAGAUACAUAACAUCGGCAACGAAUCCAUUACUCUACACUUUUUUCAAGCGCGACUUUUGGAUAGCCUUGCAUGGUGUUUCGGUAAGAAGAAACUCCACUUCGUCUGAAAAUAGCUCACUGACGCAGAGAGUACAGUUUUCGUUGAGAUACUUUUCAGUAAAACGCCAAUCAAGAUCGUUGGACAGCUCUAAGUCCGCUAACAACACCGAACUCUCCCAACUCUAG